AUGAAAUUUAAAUCAUUGUACAGUUUAUUUAUGAUUGUGCUUUUGUGCACUGCAAUCAUUUCCAACGCCAAGGAGGAAGAGAAGGAAGAGUUGGUCGAAGGUGAAGUCAUCGGUAUCGAUCUCGGAACUACCUACUCAUGUGUUGGUGUCUACAAGAACGGAGGUGUAACCAUCAUUCCAAACGAACAAGGACAUCGUAUCACUCCAUCAUACGUCGCAUUCACUGAGACUGAACGUCUCAUUGGUGACGCCGCCAAGAAUCAAGCCACAUUGAACCCAGAGAACACCAUUUUCGAUAUUAAGCGUUUAAUCGGUAGAAAAUUCACCGAUACUGAAGUUCAAAAGGAUUUGAAAUUAUUGCCAUACAAGAUUAUCUCAAAGGGAGAUAAGCCAUACGUUUCAGUCAAGGUAAAGGGAGAGGAGAAGGUUUUCUCACCAGAGGAAAUCUCUGCUAUGAUCUUGACCAAGAUGAAGGAGAUUGCCGAAGCCUACUUGGGUAAGCCAAUCAAGAAUGCCGUCAUCACUUGUCCAGCCUAUUUCAACGAUGCCCAACGUCAAGCCACUAAGGAUGCCGGUGCCAUCGCCGGUUUGAAUGUGUUGCGUGUCAUCAAUGAACCAACCGCUGCCGCCUUGGCCUACGGUUUCAAGGAUAUCUCUGGUGAGAAGAACAUCUUGGUCUACGAUUUGGGUGGUGGUACUUUCGAUGUUUCCAUGUUGACCAUUGAGAACGGUGUCUUUGAGGUACUCGCCACUAGCGGUGACACUCAUUUGGGUGGUGAAGAUUUCGAUCAACGUAUCAUGAAGAACAUGUUGUCGAUCUUCCAAAAGAAGACCGGUAAGGACGCCAGCAAGGACAAGAAGGCACUCCAAAAAUUGAGAAGAGCCUCUGAGAACGCCAAGCGUGCUCUCUCCACCACAACUCAAACCACUUUGGAAAUCGAAAACUUCUUUGGAGGUGAAGAUUUGAUCGAGACUUUGACUCGUGCCAAAUUCGAAGAGUUGAACAUGGAUUUGUUCAAGAAGACACUCGAGCCAGUCAAGAGAGUCCUCGAAGAUUCCGGAUUGAAGAAGAACCAAAUCCACGAGAUCGUUUUGGUCGGUGGUUCCACUCGUAUUCCAAAGAUCCAAGCUUUGUUGAAGGACUUCUUCAACGGUAAGGAACCAAAUCGUGGUGUUCACCCAGAUGAAGCCGUUGCCAACGGUGCCGCCGUCCAAGGUGGUGUCUUCUCAAAGGCUGAAGGUACUGGUGACAUCGUCUUGUUGGACGUCGCUCCAUUGACUUUGGGUAUUGAGACUGUCGGUGGUGUCAUGACUGCCUUGAUCAACAGAAACAGUAUCGUUCCAUCCAAGAAAUCACAGAUCUUCUCUACCUACCAAGACAACCAAGACAAGGUAUUGAUCCAAGUCUUUGAAGGUGAACGUUCGAUGACCAAGGACAACCAUUUGUUGGGUAAGUUUGAAUUGUCCGGAAUUCCACCAGCACCAAGAGGUGUCCCACAAAUCGAAGUCAGUUUCGAACUCGACGUCAACGGUAUUCUCCAUGUAUCCGCUGAGGACAAGGGAUCCGGUAACAAGGAAUCCAUCACCAUCACCAACGACAAGGAUCGUCUCACCAAGGAAGACAUCGAGCGUAUGGUCAAGGAAGCCGAAGAAGCCGCCGAAGAAGACAAGGUCAUGAAGGAGCGUAUCGAAUCGCGUAACUCUUUGGAGAACUACAUCUACCAAAUCAAGAACGCCAUCAAUGAUAACGAGAAGUUGGGUAGCAAGAUCAGCGCCGACGACAAGUCCACCAUCGAAUCCGCAAUCAAGGACGCUUUGGAGUGGUUAGAAGUCAACUCCAGCGCCGAAAAGGACGAAUUCGACCAACAAUACAAAGAUUUGGAAAAGAUUGUUCAACCAAUCUUCUCUGCCCUCUACAAGGAAACCGGAGGUGAAGGUCAAGAAGCUCCAAAUCACGACGAACUUUAA